GGGCCAGCAAAGCGAAAGGGAAAUCCGACGCCAAGAGCGGUUUAAAGCCGCUGCGCGCUCUCAUGAUUCUGCGGCCGUGCGCACUCUUAAUCCUGCUUCCCUUUCUUGGGUAUGGCUCCCGCUCCGAAUUUACACUGGCAAACCUCUCCCUCCUCUCUCGCAAUCCCAGAAGCAGAGAGUGGAAGAAAGAAACCGCCUUGCGAGAAAGUAUUAAGAGAAUUAAGCAUUGGAAUUCAUUAUCAUUCAGUGACAAUAUUACUGCUUUGUACGGAGUAAAUCAGUUUUCUCACUUAUCGCCUGAAGAAUUUAAAGCUAUUUACCUACAAAGUAGACCUUCUAAAGUUCCCAGAUAUGUUCAACAAGUUACAUUACAAGGAACAGACUCCCCCUUGCCAGCAAAGUUUGACUGGAGGGACAAGAAUGUUGUUACAGAAGUGAGAAAUCAAAGAGAGUGUGGUGCCUGCUGGGCUUUCAGUAUUGUCAGUGGAAUAGAAUCUGCUUAUGCAAUUAAAAGAAACACUCUGGAAGAACUCAGUGUACAGCAGGUCAUUGACUGUUCGUACAAUAAUUAUGGUUGCAAUGGUGGUUCAACUAUUAGUGCACUGAGUUGGCUAAAUCAGACACAUGUGAAACUGGUGAGAGAUCCAAAGUAUCUGUUUAAAGCUCAUACUGGAUUGUGCCAUUACUUCAAAUAUUCUGAUUUUGGAAUCUCAAUAACAGAUUAUGUUGCAUAUGAUCUAAGCAAACAUGAAGAUGAAAUGAUGAAGAUGCUGAUUAAAUGGGGUCCUUUGUCAGUAGUUGUAGAUGCCCUUAGCUGGCAAGAUUAUCUUUGUGGUAUCAUACAACAUCAUUGUUCUAGUGGGGAACAAAAUCAUGCUGUGGUUGUAACUGGUUUUGAUAGAACAGGUAGCAUUCCCUAUUGGAUUGUACGGAACUCCUGGGGACAUACAUGGGGAAUAAAUGGCUAUGCUCAUGUUAAAAUGGGUUCUAAUAUUUGCGGUAUUGCUGAUUCAGUUUCUGCUGUAUCUGUAUGAAUUAAGGAUUUGUGGCAAAUAUUGCAGACGCUAGUUUAUAAUGAAGAAUUUUAUUAUCAAGAAAGGAUGUUGCCAAUCUUCAGACAAUAGUAGUCCUUGGAUCUGGGAACAAUCUUCCAGCCAGCCCCUCAAAACUAAUUGCUGAUUGCACAGCCUAUACUAUUUCUAUCUGUUUAUCCCUUUUUAAUUAUUGUUUGAUCUACUAGCAUAUUAGAGCCAUGGUGGUACUGUCAACUCUACAAUGGCUGCAGCCAUUUUCCUUCUCAUUCUAGGUUGCCACAUAGAAUGGGAACCAAGGUCAUCGGCUGUUCCCGAGACUAGGGACUGGGCACUGCAUAAAAAGCUUGUAUAGCUUUUAUGGAUGGGACAUUUAACUUUGUUUUGGAAAAUUGUAUCCACUCUUGACUGUGCCAGUACUUUGUAACUAAUAAAAAUGUUUUUUGAGGAA